AUGGUUUACACAUGUGGUGCAAACAGGUCAGUUAAACCAUCCUUCAUUAGUUUUCAGACCCUCAUUAAGUUCUUAUACACUGGAGAUGAGUCAGUUAUUACAGAUAUAUCCUGCAUUGAUGAUCUGUUUGAUCUGUAUUGUCUGGGAGAGAAGUAUGAGCUGCGUGGAUCCAGAAACCUGAUCAAGGAAGUUGUCACCAGCUUCAAGAUCAACCAGGAGAACUGGAUUCAUAUACUCAAGGGGAUUAAGCAGCAUGAGAAUACUUUCCUGUUUGAAGAUCUCUGUGAUAUACUUCAGGAUAAAGUUCAAGGUUUCCUGGGCUGCAGCUCUCAAGAAUCCUAUCUGGAGGAUCUAAAGGAAUCUGAGGACACAGAUUUCUGUUUCUGGGUUAAAAACAGGAUUCAGAAAUGGAGUAGAUCUAGCUCAGAGAUUCCGAGUGUUGAGGAACAAAGCAGUCAGUUUGAAGAUGCUAUGAAGCAGUUAGAAGACACUAAGACCCUGUUAACGAAUACUAAGGCUAUGUACGAAGACACAAAGGUUCAGCUUGAAGACACAAAGGUUCAGCUUGAAGACACAAAGGUUCAGCUUGAAGACACAAAGGGUCAGCUUGAAGACAAAGGUUCAGCUUGAAGACACAAAGGUUCAGCUUGAAGACACAAAGGUUCAGCUUGAAGACACAAAGGUUAAGCUUGAAGACACAAAGGCCCAAGUAGAAGAUUGUAAGGAUGAAAUCUCCAAGCUUGAGAAGAAAUUAGUGAAUAUAGAGUAUGCUAAAAACCCAUGUAAAAACUGCAAAGGAUUAACAGUGUGCCUGGAUGGUCAAGUUCUUCUUAAUACACCAGUGGAUGGAACCAUGAUCAGAGCUGUUAAGGAUACCUUCUACAGGUCUAGAAAUGUUAAAGUAAAAGUGGUUGCUGAUGAUUUUGGAAUUGUGGAUAAUGUAUUUUAUGGCAGUCCUGUCGUUAAGUGGAACACAUGCGGAAAUAGCUUUUGCGAUGAUUUCACUGAAUUUGUUUACAAGUGUAAAUAACUGCUGACAGUGGAAGCUUAACCCAUGAAGUAUGUAUUUAGAAAUAAAUACAAAUGUUUUCUGUU